CACACCGCCGAUUCUGACGCUGAAGUUCGCGAUGCAUCGUACGCAGCUUUGGGUUCUGCAAUGCGAGCUGUAGGAGAAAAAGCAUGUUUGCCGCUUCUUUCUGAUAUACUCGAAGACAAACUGAAAAUGGGAAAGAUAAAAGAGUUCUACCAGAAAGCUUGUGAGGAAGCCGGCCCAGAGGUUAUCACUCAAAUGGUCCAGUCGAUCCAUAAAGCUGAUGCUCCUACUUCGAAAAAAGCGGACAAUGCCAAGAGAGGAGCGCCUUCUGCUCGCGAUUCAUCAUCAGAACGUCGAUCAACUUCAGCUCAAGAGGAGGAAGCAAAUGGUGAUGAUGAGCAGUUUUGUUGCCCUGUAGCGGUCCUUGGUAAAGGGCUUGUAGAUUUUCUCGAGCAUUCAUCAUAA